AUGCCCUCCACAUACAAAAAGGACAAACCAUGGGAUACAGACGAUAUUGACAAAUGGAAGGAGGAGACGUUCACACCCGAUCAGAACGUCGGCGGCACAUUUACCGAAGAAUCGACCUUUGCAACACUUUUCCCCAAAUACCGAGAAGUCUACCUGAAAGCAUCAUGGCCCAUGAUCACGAGGACGUUGGAGAAGCACGGGAUAGCUUGUACGCUGGACUUGGUGGAGGGCAGCAUGACGGUCAAGACAACCCGGAAGACAUUUGACCCGGCUGCGAUCCUGAAUGCCCGCGAUCUCAUCAAACUCCUCGCCCGUAGCGUCCCGGCACCCCAGGCAGUCAAGAUCAUGGAAGAUGGUACCGCCUGCGACGUGAUUAAGAUCCGCGGGCUCGUCCGCAAUAAGGAUCGCUUCGUGAAACGCCGGCAACGCAUCCUAGGACCUAACGGCAGCACACUCAAAGCCCUCGAACUCCUGACCCAGACCUACAUCCUCGUCCAAGGAAACACCGUCAGCGUAAUGGGCGGCUACAAGCCCCUGAAAGAAGUCCGACGAGUAAUAGAAGAUUGCAUGGCGAACAUCCACCCCAUCUACCACAUCAAAGAACUCAUGAUCAAACGCGAACUAGCCAAAGACCCGGAACUGAAAAACGAAAACUGGGACCGCUUCCUCCCGCACUUUAAGAAGCGGAAUCUGAGCAAGCGCCGCAAGCCGUUUGUGGUCAAUGAGAAGAAGAAGGUGUAUACGCCUUUCCCGCCGCCGCAGGAGAAGAGCAAGGUGGAUUUGCAGAUUGAGAGUGGAGAGUACUUUUUGUCGAGGGAGGCGCAGGCGAGGGGGGUGAGGGAGAAGAGGGAUGAGGUUAUGAGGGAGAAGACGGCGGAGAGGAAGCGGAAGAGGGAGGAGGCUUUUGAGGCCCCGAAGGAGGAGGGAGAGGGGAGGAAGAAGAAGAAGAAGAGGGAUAAGGAGAAGGGGGAGGAUGGAGAGAAGAAGACGAAGAGGCGGAAGGAGGUUGCUGUUGAGGCUGAUGGGGAUGAGUGA